CCCAGUCCUGCCCGGCGGCCCCGGCCCUCCUGCGGCCUUGGGGACCGGCCGAAGUUGCGCGGGGGGAAGCGGCGUGGAGGGCCGGGGCCACGGGCCGCAGCUCCCGCCGGCGUGAUCUGAAGAAGACUCCUCAUCCUUCAGAAGUAGCAUGCUCACAGUCUUCACGGCCAAUGAUUCUUCUACAGCAAGCAGGACUUCUUCCUCAUCCUGAGAAGCCUUCAUCUCUUCCUAUGUCAGUGGCUACAAGGCCAAGAGCCAGCUCACCAUUGUCCCCACCAAAAUCUCAAGGACUGGGGCCUUCAAUUCAUCACACACAAGAAGAGGAGGUUGCAAAGGUGGAGGAGCAGGACCCUAUGCUGGAAGAACUAUGUAAGCCCCUCUGCUGUAAGCUGUGCAAUGUCACUCUGAAUUCGGCACAACAAGCCCAGGCUCAUUACCAGGGUAAAAACCACAGUAAGAAACUCCGAAAUUACUAUGCGGCCAAUAGCUGUCCGGCACCUGCCAGAAUGAGCAAUUCGGUGGAGCCUGCCCCACCUCAGGUUGUCUCCCAUCCAGCUCAGAUGGGAUCCAGUAAACCAGGUGGCAGAGUGAUCUUGGCCACAGAGAACGAUUACUGCAAGCUUUGUGAUGCCUCGUUUAGCUCUCCGGCUGUGGCACAGGCUCACUACCAAGGGAAAAAUCAUGCCAAACGGCUGCGCCUCGCAGAAGCACAGAAUAACUCGUUCUCGGAUGCAUCAGAACUAGGCAAACGGAGAGCAAGGAAAGAAGGGAACGAAUAUAAGAUGAUGCAAAACAGAAGAAAUAUAUAUACAGUUCAAAACAACACAGGUCCCUACUUCAAUCCCCGUUCACGCCAGCGGAUUCCUCGGGAUCUGGCCAUGUGUGUCACCCCCAGUGGCCAGUUCUACUGCUCCAUGUGCAACGCGGGGGCCAGCGAGGAGAUGGAGUUCAGACAGCACUUAGAAAGCAAACAGCAUAAAAGCAAAGUGUCCGAACAGCGGUACCGGAGCGAGAUGGAGAACCUAGGCUAUGUACAAUGAUGCGCCACCCUUGGUAGUAGUUUGCAACUAGAGCAGCUUGUCUCUUGCCUGCUGUUUGCCACAUGCCCUGCUUUGUGCUCCAUUUGAUAGGAGUAUGCUCUCGAGCUAUACAUGUAACACCUGCAAACUUAAUGGUAUGGUUAGAUUUUUUUUUCUGUCAUAGUUGGCAGGAUGAUGCUGUGCAGGACAUGAAGUGUUUUUGAUGUUUGUUUGCUAAUUAUCUAAGGCUCUUAAUUGUAUUGAGUGGUGGGGAGGACUCUUGUUGCCUUCUCAGCCUUCUGCAUGAAUAUGCAAAGCUCAGGAAGUGCUGGGAACUUCUGUGAUUCUACCACACAGAUGGACCAUGUGCAAGCCCACUCCCCUCUUUGUGCACCACAGAGCGGUGCUCCAGAAUGCCUCCCUACAGCAGACUGAAUCUCUGGGCAGCUUGUAAAAGAGGGGCAGGAAUUGGGCCUGUGAAUGUGUGAAUUAGGUGGUGUACUUGUCCACAAAUUGCUGCUCGUGGCCUCCAUUACAGCCCAGAGUAGGUUCUUUCUACAUCCUUGUAGAAAGGCUCUGCCUACCUCUCCUGCUUGGAGAGUCUUGCCUCUUACUGCUUCCUCUGAGAUGCAGACUUCAUUUGGAACAUCUGGCAUUGGAUAUCAGGUGAUUAACCCCAUUUGGAAAUACUCUUUUCCAACAGUUAACAAUGGAAAGAGAUUCUCAGUGUCGUUGGCUGAGCAUCUUAAUGCACCAUGGGUGUGUCUCAUCUCCCUGAAGAGUGUCUCUGGGGACCUCAGUGGCUUAAUGAAGUGAAUCCAAAAGCAAAGCUGCUCAGAUGAGAUGUGCUCUGUUCUGAUUCUGCCUUAGACUGAGUAAGGUUGAGAAUAGGUUGGAAGGAGCUGUCAGCUGUAAUUUCUUUGCAUACUGUUGCAGAAGAGAGUAAAUGUUGAUCUCUGGCCUGCAGCUCUAUUGCUUUAGCAGAGGGGGGCUGUUUGGACCUUGGGGUCCAUAACAGUGUCUGUUAGACACUGGUAUGUCUCGCUUCCAUGCCAUUCCCUGGACAAAACCCAAUGGGUCUUAUAGAAGAGAGCUGAGCUGCUCCUUUAGACUAGAGCUACCAAUAGUGGAUGAAUUUUCCCCCUCUUUCUUUUCCCAUCUCAGGAUGGGUUUUAAUUCCAUUCCUUGAUGUGAAUGUCAAUGUUUUAGGGACCAUCAAAAUCCAAAGUUAGGUAGGAUGUAAGUGUGAGAGGUAAUGAUGGUUGGAGUAACAGCUUUUUGGCCAUGCAGAGGAAUUCAUGAAACUUGUUAAGCAACUUUUUAAGUGCAGACAAACCCAGAAGGUUUGUGUCUGUUUUGAUUUUCCUCAGCAAAAGUAGAAAGGGGAUAAAGAGAAGUAGGGCUGACUUCUUCUUCUGCUCAUUUGGCUAUGUGGGAGGAGCUGAUUGGAAUCUAAUUCACAGUGUUUCUAAAACACUGGCUCCAGUGGCAAGUGCAGCUUGUAGGUAACCUCUGUCGGACCUGAUUCACCACUGUGCUGCUACCGCUGUACGCUGGUACAGCUCCAUUGACUUCAGUGGCAGGUGCAGAGAGGGGGUAAAGGAAGCUUGCCUCUCACUCCUCAUUAGGUAGAACACCGAAUUAACAAGCAGCUCCAUUGGUUUCAGUAGCAUUUUACCAAGGACAAAUUCUACUUAGUGUAUAGUGUUGAAGGUAGCUCUCCCACUCCCUUUUUAUUUUGGUUUU